AUGGCGGAUAGACAUAACCGUAACCCUCACCGUGGGGGCGGCGCGAGAGACUAUAACGACAGAGACAGACACGGCAGAGACAACCGAGACCGCGACCGCGAUAGAGACCGAGACCAUGACCGUAACCGUGGUCGGGGAGGAGGCAGAGGUGGACGAGAUGAUCGCGACAGAGACAGCCGACGAUACAGGUCCAGAUCGAGAGACAGGCACGAUGGGCGGGAUCGUGACCGUGACCGCAGGCGUUCGCGCUCCCCGAUUCGUAACAGAGACGGACACGAUCGACGCGACGAGAGAGUCAGAGACGGAGGUAGAGGAAGCCGGCGCGACGGUGCCAAAGACUCUCGCCGUGAUCGGGGUGACGCAGAUAAGGAUGGCAUGAGCAAACCAGACCGAGACAGAAGAGACCUUUCAAAAGACAGAAAUAUCCGCCGCUCAGCCUCACCGCCCCGGGAGCUCGAACACCACACGAAGUCACCACGGAGCCCCACACACUCAGCAACAGCACACGACGAUCACCGUCUUUCGAUAAGGUCGAAAUCCGAGAACGCCCCAGCUGCUGCCGCGGCACCAGCACCAGCACCGGUACCAGUGUCGUUCAAGGUUAAGGGACACGACCAACGCCGAUCCGAUAGCACGCACGUGGAGGAGCAGCACCAGUCAUCCCGGGAGCGGACGGAAGAGCACGAAGAGGAACACAUGUCGAGGGGACGGUUCGACGCCGAUCCCAUGGAUGAGGACGAGGAAGAAGACGUGGUUGUUGAGGAUGAUGGCCUGGGAGAUAUGGCCUCCAUGAUGGGCUUUGGCGGCUUUGGCACAACCAAGAACCAGAAGAUCAAGGGCAACAACGUUGGUGCGGUGCGGAAGGAGAAGAAGACUGAGUAUCGCCAGUACAUGAACCGUGUCGGCGGUUUCAACCGGCCCCUUAGCCCGGGCCGUUAG